GACAGCAGCGGAGCUCUGUGUCGCGGUGGUUCAUCUUAUUCAGCCCACAUCUCUCUGAGGUUCAACUGUUACAAUGAUCCAAUAGAAACGGCUUCAUUCACGCUCUGUCAGAGACAGAGAGAGAGAUACAGAGAGACAGAGAGAGAGAGGCAGAGAGAGAGGGAAUAGGAUCAGCCAUGGAGGACUAGGAAGAGGAUGACCCUGUGGUCUUGCCAAGGAUGAGCAGAGACGAGGACAGACGCUCCACUAUGAAUAAGGCCAAAAGAAAGUCUCGUGUGGACAGCCCUGGAGGUGUGAGGAGCAGGAGAACGGUUCAGAGAAGGAUGACCUGCCCUAACUUCCCAGAGAUCGCUAAAGUGCUGCAGAACCCUGUCCCCAGCCCCCUGACCCGUUCUGCUAGCCUGGACGAGCUCAUCCUGCGAUGCCUGCACUGCUUCGACUCGGAUGGGAAGCUUUCGCGAGGGUCUCAGGUAGUUCACAUGACUCUGAUGAUGCACAGCUGGGUUGUUCCCUCACAGACCUUCGCCCAGAAACUCCUCACCCUCUAUAAGGACUGUCCAGUGGAAAAGAGAGGACUGAGACGACCGCAGGUCUGUCACCUUAUCAGACAGUGGAUCAGCAGGUUUCCAGCGGUGUUUGAGGCUGACCCUCAACUAGAACAGAUGAUGGGAGAACUGUGGACCCUGGCCAGGUCUGAGACACAGGACAUCAUAGACACAUCCUACCUUUAUGAUGCCAUCCCACCCUGUCUGUUUGAGUACGCUUCCUGUCACCGAGGGAAAUGUUCCUGUACGUUUGAGACAUUCUCACAACUCAGUCCAGUGACCCCAGUCUCCCAGGCCCCGUCUCAGUCUGUAAAGAAGAGGAAGGUCUCUCUACUGUUUGACCACAUGGAGCCGGAUGAGAUGGCUGAACACCUCUCCUACCUGGAGUUCAAAAACUUCUGCAACGUCUCGUUCCUGGACUACCGUAGCUAUGUGGUGCGUGGCUCUGUGAGGGACAACCCAUCCCUGGAGCGCAGUGUCAUGAUGUGUAAUGGGGUGUCUCAGUGGGUCCAGUUGAUGAUUCUGAGCAGACACACUGCACAGCAGAGAGCCCAGGUCUUCACCAAGUUCAUACACGUAGCCCAGAGGCUGCAUGCGCUGCAGAACUUCAACACUCUGAUGGCGGUGACGGGUGGUCUGUGUCAUAGCUCCAUCUCUCGUCUGAAGGACACCGCCAGUCUGCUACCCCCUGAUGUCACUAAGGCCCUGAGCGAGAUGACGGAGCUGCUGUCGUCCUCCAGUAACUAUAGUAACUACCGACGGGUGUACAGCGAGUGUUCGGGCUUUAAGGUGCCUAUCCUGGGGGUCCACUUGAAGGACCUGAUCUCCCUGAACGAGGCCCUGCCAGAUUACCUGGAGGAGCAGAAGAUUAACCUGGGGAAGCUGCAGCAUCUCUACUCUAACAUCUCUGACCUGCUGUCGGUACACUCCUGCUCUCCUCCCUUUGAAGCCAACAAAGACCUGCUGCAUCUACUUACCCUGUCUCUGGAUCUGUACUACACAGAAGAUGAGAUCUAUGAGCUGUCGUACACCAAGGAACCCAAGAACCCUAAGAUACAGCCUGUAGCACCUGUCAAACCCCCAGUUGUAGCAGAGUGGGGUUCAGGAGUGACUCCGAGGCUGGACCCAGACACCAUCUCUAAACACGUCAAGCAGAUGGUGGAUUCCAUCAUGAAGAACUACGACCUGAACCAGGAUGGAUACAUCUCUCUGGAGGACUUUAAGAAGAUAGCAGCUAACUUCCCCUUCUCCUUCUGCAACAAUGACAGUGACAGAGAGGGGGAGAUCAGUCAUCAGCAGAUCAACUCCUACUUCAUGAGGGGGGAUUCCGUUUGUGCCAAACUAGGAUACAACUUCAAGAACGUCCACAACUUCCACGAGACCACGUACAAGCGACCCACCUUCUGUGACACUUGUGGAGGCUUUCUGUGGGGAGUCAUCAAGCAGGGCUUCCACUGUCGAGACUGUGGGGUUAACUGUCACAGACACUGCCAGGACCUGUGUGGGAUGCAGUGUGUAAAGAGAGACAGGGUAUAUGCUGGAUCCUGUCCCUCCACCCCUGCCUCAGCCCUCACUCCUGUCCCAGACCUCCUGACCAAGGCGAAUAGCUGGAGUUCGUCGGAAGACAACACGUUUGUUUUCCCCGGGGGUAAUGGUAAUUGGGGUAACAACCGUAAUAGGAGGGACUUGGACCGAUCCACUCUGGGUAUCGGAGGUGACUCCGCGCUCUCGGACCGGUCCACCCAGACAGACCCGGGGUUGUGGAUGCCUGUGAGUGUGGACAAGAAGGGAAACCAGCACGUUCUCCCUAUCGAGAGAGACAAGAGCUGUGUUGUGAAGCCCCAGAGAUUCCUUGGCUCCUCCAUGCCCGCUUCCUUCCUGCAGGAGAAGAUGGAGGAACUCAACUUGAUCAGAGAUAAGAGCAGAGAACCCGACUGAGCUGGGACACUGGAUACACACACACACACGGACGGACGGACACACACACACACACAUACACACGGACGGACGGGGACACACACACACACACACACACAC